AUGGCCGCGGGGGAGAAUGAAUUGAUGAACAAACAACAGAAACGGAGCCUGGAUUUUUGGUCCUUUGCUCGCGCGUUUUUCUUUUUGGUAGCCGUCGAGGUCGUCGGUUCGGUGGUUUAUUCCCCUGUUCUUGUUCUGUUUGCCGCCGCCGAACCGCACGUGUUCCAGACCGGGAUUGAUUUACCCGCUCCCCGCGUUUUCGUAACCUAUCACCACCAGUUGGACGGAGGAGCUUGGACCAGCCUGGAGUUUCCUGCGCGAAAGACUCGGUUCAUAGAUAAGGCCCCGGUAGACAUUUACCUGCGAACUUGUUUCGGGGGCAGCUUUUUGGCGCCUGAUAUGGGCUACUCGACCCCCAAGUGA